AUGAUCCUCAACCCGCGGUCCGCCCGCCUCGUGCCCCGUGAUCUGACGGGCGCGCCACCCUCCGCGCGCCUUCGAAGGAGAGCUCAUUUCUACUAUUUAACUGAUUUGUAUUGCUUCAUUCUCUUUUCCUCUCCAGCUCAAAUAGAGGUAAUACCGUGUAAAAUCUGUGGGGACAAAUCAUCCGGGAUUCACUAUGGUGUCAUCACCUGUGAAGGCUGCAAGGGUUUUUUCCGCCGCAGCCAGCAGAACAAUGCGAUGUACUCCUGCUCGCGACAGAGGAACUGUUUAAUUGACAGGACCAACCGUAACCGCUGUCAACACUGCAGGCUGCAGAAGUGUCUCGCUCUGGGCAUGAGCCGUGAUGCGGUCAAGUUUGGCCGGAUGUCCAAAAAGCAGCGUGACAGCCUGUACGCAGAGGUCCAGAAGCACCAGCAGUCCCAGGAGUGUGCGGGACUCGGAGUCCGCGUGGAGAAUACCGACAUGGCCGACCACAGCCGCACCUACAGAAGAGGCUCCAGCACCACGCUCAGCGACCUGGACGACAUUACUAUGCUGCAAGAAGGCCUGCUCUUCGACCUGCCGCUGACCCCGGAGGAAGCGGGGAGAGAGUACUGUAACCUGGACAUGCUGGGCGGCAGCGCAGGCAGCAGCUCCUCCUCUCAGAGUUCACCAGAACAGACCAGCCUGGACUUUGCAGAAGGCAACCACAGCAUCAAGCAUGAGUACCAGCUGCUGCACGACUCUGGACUCUUCUCUCAUGCUAUCCUCAACCCGCUGCCUGAGGGCUGCUCCAUGCUCGAGAUAGAGCGUAUCACUCAGAGUGUCCUGAAGUCCCACGUUGAGACGAGCCAUUACAGCACAGAGGAGCUGAAGAGAAUGGCGUGGACCCUGUAUAGCCCCGAGGAGACCCGUUCAUUCCAGACCAAGUCAGCUGAGAUGAUGUGGCAACAAUGUGCCGUUCACAUCACCAAUGCAAUCCAGUACGUGGUGGAGUUUGCCAAGCGUAUCUCUGGCUUCCUGGACCUGUGUCAGAACGAUCAGAUCAUCCUCCUCAAAGCAGGCUGCAUGGACGUUCUUCUGAUCCGCAUGUGUCGGGCCUAUAACCCCAUCAACAACACUAUGCUGUUUGAUGGAAAGUUUGCCACUGCACAUCUCUUCAAAGCUCUUGGCUGUGACGACCUUGUGAAUUCAGUUUUCGACCUAGCUAAAACCCUGAGUCGUGUUCAGAUGUCAGAGGAAGAGAUGGCUCUCUUCAGCGCUGCUGUGCUGCUCUCUCCAGACCGCCCCUGGCUGACGGAUGUUCAGAAGAUACAGAAGUUGCAGGAGAAAGUGUACGUGGCUCUGCAGGGCUGCCUACAGAAAGAGGGAGCAACAGAACAGAAACUAGCUAAGAUGGUGUCUAAGCUACCCAUUCUGAAGUCCAUUUGCAACCUUCACAUCGACAAACUGGAGUUUUUCCGUCUGGUCCACCCCGAGACAGCGUACACCUUCCCUCCUCUGUACAGGGAGGUUUUUGGCAGUGAAAUCACCUUCCCAGACUCCACAGAGGGCUAAUACUGUUUAGCUAAAAAUAGCGGGAUUUAAAUUAAGACACUGAGGUGUAGGGAAGGGGAGAUAAAAAUGUGGCAACCAGCUGAGGCAAAACCAAGCAGCAGCUUAUUGACAAUCAUGCACGCUACACUUUAAGACACACUCCUCUCACCUAAGAGCUCCCAAACUGUGUGGAGUAGCUCGAUCUGCCCUGCGUCCGGUCCAUUCAGCUUCAACCUAACACUGAAGGAACUGCGGCUGGGCACCUCUUUUUUUAAAGGAACUUAUCGAAGAGUAGCCUACAUUAUUUGUAUACUCAAAAAUAUUUUUCUAUGAGACAACCUUAAAGAUCUCAUCAAGCUGAAUUUGACUUUCACUAUUCUCACAGUUCCUGUAAGCUAUUGUUGAAUGUACAGCCUUUUCCCUUUACCGCCCUAGGCUCGAUAUAGAAUGUAAAUACUUUAAAUCCUCGUCCACUUUGUGGAGGUCUGCAGUUCUCAGUCUAAUAACAGUAUAUAUUUGUUGGUAUCGCCCAUAUUUUGCAGUUUUGUAUUGAGCAAACUGUUUAAAGGGACCACGAUCAAACUAACAUAGUUUUUUUUUUUUUUAUGUGUGAACCAAGGGUACCUACAAACGCUUUCACACAGCACAAAGCACUUAUCUUUGUAGGUAUUUUUACUAUAACUCACAGACGCUGAUGUAAGUAGGUUUUUCUUUUGCAAUCGGUGACCUCAGCCUCAAUACCUUUUCCCAGUUAAAAUGCCACUCAGAGGUAUUUAAAAGUAAGCUCCUUUUUAUAAAUAAGUAAUAUAUAAAACCUCAUUCAAUUUAAGUGCAGUCCAAGUGAGAAGCAGAGGAAUAUUCUUGUGUUCAGGUCUCUAUACUGUCUGCCCAAACCUUGGGUUCAUGGGAUGGAAAGAUUGUUGUCUAAUUGGUAAUUAGCACUUACAGUAAGAGACCUAUUUAGAAACCAAAACAAACUCUUGGCACAAGAUUUUACGAGCUCGCACUCAUGCUGCCAUCUGUGAAACUUAUGUGAAACCAGUCAGAAAUGCUAGAUACGCACUCCCACUAGAUAAGCUGGAUGAACAAGGUGCUGGCCAGCUGACAACUGUGGGGUUAGUGCUCUCAUGGAGGAGCAUCUGGAACUGUUCGCACCUCGGAUCACUUUUUUUUUCUGCCACCGUCUUAACCAGCAGAUUCAAAGACUUUCGGAGCAAAGAAAGAGAAUGUACGGAAUGUUUGAUGUUGAAAUGUGACAUCUACCUAUAUGGUUGGAUGACGGGAUAUAAUGGAGAGUGGACAUGUGGGUGAUGGUGUUAUUUAAUCUUUUUAGACAUUAGUUAAUGUCUGCAACAACUCUCACUGAUUCGGGUUUAAACCAAGGUGUUCUUAUAAGAGAAUUAGAUCCUCUGUUCCCUUUUUCCCUACUCCCUUACUACCUCACCCUCUUCAAACACUACAUGGCACAGCAAAGGGUUGACAGAGCCGUCAGCUACCCCCCUGAGUUAGUAUUUCUGCAUCAAAAAGAGAACAUUUGAAAGCCAUUGAUGGUUAAAUAUCCUAAAAUAUAAUUUUGUUUGCUCUUAAAACAAAAUGCAAACUGAACUGCUGGAUCUAGUUAAACUCUGGACAUCCAUUCUGUCGUUUGUUUUUCUGUCAUUUGAGAGUAGGACUUGCCUUAAGUUACAGGAAGCCCUACUUAGAUACGGAUCUAUCUGAAGGAAAGUAUCUGGGGACUCGAGGGUGUGUCCAGAUGAAACCUUUCUACAAAGACAAGCUUUAUUCUACCAGUGUCCUAAAGAAGCUGCCACAGAAAGACAUUUGUAAUCGUUGCUGUAAGCAUUUUAAGACAAUCACAUGUUGUUGGAUGUCUAGCUCUGUUUGAUGUCAGCCUGUUUGCUUUGCACUGCUGGAACAGUGCUAUGCGCCAUACUUUGUGAAGAGGUAUUACCCUUUUCUGGGUACGUUAGACACUGGCAUGUUGCCAUGUAUUACAGACAGUUUCUUUUUUAGAAGCACUCCAGCACAGUAAACCUCGCAGCAUGACAGAUGUUAUUUACCUUAAAAUGUACCAAAUACUACGAUGAGGCUUACAGAUUGUAACAGAGUGCAAUACUUUCUGUGUAAAGAAUGUGAGACUAUGCUGAUUCAGUAUAUUUGAUAGUUUUUGCAGGACUAAAAGCUGUCCAGGGGGCAGCACUGAAAAUCAGCGCUUACAUUUCCGUUUGGAGUUACUCAGGGAGAUAGCUGGGCUCUCUGUCCUGCAGUGUUUAGCUAGCAGGACACCUUUCACCAACGUAGAAGACCUUAACACCUUGAUCACUGUGUACAGUUCAUGUUCUUGUGAAUGUUUGAUUUCAGAAGUAUCAAAGAUGUUACCCUUUGUUUGACAUCAUUAUUGCAAGACUUUUUUUGAGUGAAAUAGGAUAUUUAAAAAAGUAAUUAUAUAAAAAAAAAAGUGUUAAAAGAUGGACUAUAAUCUCUGAAUCUUGUGUUGGUUUUGUUGUGAUUUUUUGUUUCAUAAUUUGUAUCCCUAUGUGUCCGGUUUUUCUCCUCAGUUUAGUGUCCUUUUUGUCUUGGAGAGAUGUAAUUCUAUUUUUUUAAAAGAGCGUUUUUAAAGAUGACUCCCUAAAAGGUUUCUCAUUUGUCAUGAUCCUUCUGUUUAUAUGUUCACUCUAUUUUAAGAUUAUUAUUAUUAAAUCAAUAUAGAUUUUAAUAAGAAAUAAUGUACAUGUUAUGGAUAUAAAGCAAAAGAGCUUUUAACACAGUAAAGUGCUAUUGCACAAUGGUGAUAUAUGUGGAUUUAAGAAUGUAAUAAAAAUCAUUUUGCAAUAAAAAGAAAA